AUGAGCGUCGUCCCAAAGGUUUGGAAGAGGCUAAUAGUCACAUUCCUAUGGAACUUUGUCAUUAUUUUUGGCUACCAUAUUGUUGCAAUACUUGUUUUCUUUGUCUUCAUGACCCUAAUACCACCUGGGGUGUUUUCAGGAGCAGUUCUUUUCAUCCUUUUUAUGGUAUUUCUGGUAGGAUUUGUGUACAUUAGUGUUAUUUGGCAUCUGGCUAGUGUGGUUUCUGUUUUAGAAGAAAGUUAUGGCUUGAAUGCCAUGAUCAAGAGCCAAGACCUCAUCAAAGGCAAAGCUGGAGUUUCAAUGGUGAUUUUUGUCAUCCACAACUUUUGCUUCUUUGGUAUUCAGAUGGCAUUUGAAUGGUUUGUUGUUCUUGGAAAUGGGGGUGGCCUUGUCUUGAGAAUUGGCUAUGGAAUGCUCUCCCUUGCAUUGCUGUCCAUGCUGAUCCUCUUUGGGCUCAUUGUUCAGACAAUCAUCUAUUUCAUCUGCAAGUCUUACCAUCAUGAGAACAUUGACAAGUCCUCAUUGGCAGAUCAUCUUGAAGUUUACCUUGGGGAGUAUGUACCAUUGAAGUCAAAGGACGUACAAUUGGAGCAUUUUGAUGUUUGA